AUGUCUGAUGCUAGCGUGGCUUCUCCUGCUACCCCAAGAAUUAAUUCCACAUUGAUGUCAAAAUACCUUGGUGAACAGGUUCGUUUUAUUGGACGCGUUAAAGAGAGCUCAAGAAAGCAUGCCGUGCUGGAAGCUAGUGACAAGGGACAAGUCACAAUCGUUUACUCUCAGGAUAAUAUACUCGAAGACAAUAAGAUUGUUGAAGUCAUUGGACGCGUUAAGGAUAAUAGUACCAUACAAGAGAUUCUUAUUACAGAAAUUAGUGAUGGAUUUAUAGAUCUUGAUCUAUAUGAAGACGUAAUUCAGUUAACACAAAAAUACCCUGAAAUUUUUUUCUAA